AUGACCAUGCACAGCCAGCAGCAUUCUGGCUCGGAGCCCAGUCAGGGCCCGACCGGUCAGACUAGCCACUGUGCCCCCGACGCCCGUGGCCCCUAUACUUCCGGAUACCAGCAGGCCUCAGCUGGUAACAAUCGUGACGGAAAUGGAACUUCCCUGGCACCAAUCUUCAACGCUUUGAACCUCCAAAGCCAGCGUUCGGGGUCCAAGUACAACAAUGUCAAGAAUAACAUGCCUGUGGCGGUACCGCCCGCUUUGGACCUUGCUGGUGCCCAGCGUACGUCGUACAGUAGCCCUCUUUUCUUCUUGCCAAAUGGCUCCAUGAUCAACGGAUUGCCGCCUGUGACUCCUUUUACCCCGGGUUCGAUCCCCGGGCAUGACCAGGUCGGCCAGUUUCCGUAUAUGCCUGCCAGCAUUUAUCCGAAUAUGAGCCCCAUGGUUCCUGCAACCAUGCCGGGGUAUUCCUUUCCUUACUUGAUGAACUGUGAUAUACAGGAUAUGGGUGGUCAGAAACGGGGUCCUUGGGUCUCCAGCGAGGAGCAAAAGGGCCACGGUUUGUCCGCCUCGGAUAUGAGCAACCAGAGCGAGUACUAUACAGGUUCUACCCCUUCCAACAUCGACGGCUCCACUCUAUCGGGCUUCAGUUACAACGGCAUCCCUCAGAUUGGGCCCCCCUGUCUGCCCCUCCAGAUGAUGAAGACUCCCACUGGAUACAUACUCCAGGACCUCGAAAGCCUGACCCAGCAGGAUCCGCCCAUUCCCCGGGCUGUGCCUGCCAUGUGGACCAAUCCGUCCGAGUUGACUCUUGCAAAAUGCCUUGAGAAUCGUGAGGGAAUUACCAAUGUCUACAUCAGGGGGUUUCUUCCGGAGACCACGGAUGAGAUGUUGCACGCCUACGCAUCUCGCUUUGGCAAGAUUGAUCGAUGCAAAGCCAUUGUGGAUCUGGACACUGGUCUGUGUAAAGGAUUUGGCUUUGUUCAAUACUUCAACUUUGAGUCCUGUGAGAAUUGCAUCAGAGGCUUCUUCUAUCUUGGAUAUCAAGCUAGCUUUGCCCAGAAGUCUCGCAACUCGCGGCUCAAGGAUCUUGAGGACAAGGCUUCGACCAAUAUCUAUUGCACCAAUCUGCCAAUCGACUGGACUGAAGCUGAUCUUCGCCGUCAUUUCGAACCGUUCCGUGUUGUCUCCGAGAAGAUCAGCCGUGACGAAAAGACUGGGGUCAGCAAGGAGGUGGGCUUUGCUCGGUUCGAAUCCCGCGAUAUUGCGGAAAAUGUUCUGAACGAGUACCACAACGUCGUCGGAAAAGACGGAGUGAAGCUUCUUCUGCGUUUCGCAGAUACCAAGGCCCAGAAGUUGCUCAAGCAGCAAAGCAAUGAGCGUCGCGCAUAUCGGGCCGGGGAGUACAAUUACUCGGUUGAAGUGGUCCAAGGGUCCACUCCAUCGCCUUCUCUUCACCGUCUUCAACAGACUGCGUCGCAUCUCAGCCCUAAUUCCCAGGUCAGCUAUCCAUCUCCAGUGGGCGUGGGUCCCCCCUGGACACCUGCAACGUCGAUUUCCCCUUCGUAUCCCCUGGUGAGGAACCAGGCCGCCGGGGAUGUACGAUACAACUCAUGGUCUGCCAAGAACAGCCCUGCAGGUCUGACGAGCACCCCUUUGCAACGCGGACGUCUGCCCUCAGCCAGUCGCAGCACCUGGAUGGCCAACAGUGCCUCUGGCGGAUCAUCCAUGACGGCGAUCCCCAGCACGCCAUGUGCGGAAUCCCGCUCACGGGCAUCUAGUCCCCGCAAGGAAAACAUGAAAUCGGGAUCUCUCUCACCGAUUUCUUCACGCAAAGAAGUCGCCGUGCAUUCUCCUCGCUCGGUCAUGUAA